AUGGCGGCGGCGGGCGGCGCGGCGCGGCGGGGGCUGCUGAAGCGGAAGCCCAACUUCACGCUGCAGGAGAUCGAGAUCCUGAUGAGCGAAGUGCUCCGCUACGAACCGCUGCUCUUCGGCGCCGCCGCCAGCACCGUGAACGCCUACGAGAAGCAGAAGAUCUGGUGGCGCAUCACCAAUAAGAUCAACGCCGCCGGCCGCAACCAACGCGACAUCGGCGAGGUGAAGAACCGCUGGAGGGGGCUGCGCCGCCGCGCCAACGAUAAAAUCACCCGGCACCGGCAGGAGCGGCAGGGACCGGCACCGCGAACCAACGCGGCCCGGCACCACGGGGCCGCCGGAACCGGCACCGCCAGCGCUGAGCUCGGCCCCGGACCCGCGCCCCUAUGGGGACCGCGCGGCUGCGAAGCGGCACCGCUGCUCGGAGGGGAAAGGGCGGCACCGUGCGGUGUGAAGGAGGAGGCGGUGAAGGAGGAACCGAUGGAGGUGAAGACGGAGCCCUUCCAUGACCCCACGGACGGCAGCACCGUCCCGGCACGGCGGCAGCCCCGCAGCAGCACCCAGACACCCGGCGAGGGCUGGAGCCCCCCGCAGCCCCCCCACUCCGACCUGGGGAUCCAACCAGAACCUCCGGGCUGUGACUUUCCCAGCAGUGUCAUCUUCGAGCCGGACACCGAACAGCUCAGUGACUGCAGCGAAACGGGGGGGGGAACCCCCGGCGGGACGGACGGGACCCCCGAAAGCAGCGCGCGGCUCAGCCCGGCCGAGCUGCGCCUCAUCCGCUGCAACGAGCGCCUGGUGCAGGAGAUGCGAGCCUUCCGCAGGGAGUGCGCCGAGAGCCGCCGGGAGAUGGCAGCGGUGCUGCGCAGCAUCGCUCAGGCGCUGGGCGGCCUCAGUGCCAGCCUGGCCCAGAUCCGCGAGCGCUACCUCGGGGGGCACGCGGCCCCCCAGCCCUGAGCCCCCCCCAGCCCCCCGCCCGCGCCUCCCGUCCCCUUUUUAUUAUUUGAACUCCCCACUUCAAUAAAACUCAGCGCUGGCCCCUCGGUUUCCCCCCUCCUAAGGAGCCGCGGGUGGCUGAGGGGCUUUUUGUUAAUA